AUGCUGCGAGCUUUGUCUGCAGCCGCAUGCGCCGCUGCGAUGCUCGCAUCUGCUGAUGCCUUCCUCCCCUCAACACCGCUCUCAAAUGCCGCAAAGAUUCGCCCUGCUACAUCUCGCAUCUCGACCAUUAUGUCGGGUGAGCCAGUGAUCAAGCUGGGUACCAGAGGUUCUCCUCUUGCCCUCGCGCAAGCUUACGAAACGCGUAGAAGACUCGCAGAGUUGUUUCCAGAGGAGCUUGGAGAGAAGGGCGAGAAAGUCUCGAUCAACAUCAUUAACACUUCAGGUGACAUGGAAUUGAGUAAGGCUCUCUCGGAGAUUGGGGGAAAGGGAUUGUUCACCAAGGAGCUCGACGUCGCGCUUCUCAAGAAGGAGGUGGACUUCUGUGUUCAUUCGAUGAAGGACGUGCCAACAUAUCUUCCUGAUGGUACUCACUUGGAAGCAAUGCUCCCGCGUGAAGAUACCAGAGAUGCUUUCAUCUCUCCCAAGUAUCAGUCCUUCGAAGAAAUGCCAGAAGGAACAGUCAUCGGCUCUGCUUCCCUCCGUAGGCAGGCACAGAUCUUCGCAAAGAACCCAAAGAUCAAGUGCGUCAACUUCAGAGGAAACGUUCAAACGCGUCUCCGCAAACUUGAUGACGAAGUUGUGGAUGCCACGCUUCUUGCACUUGCAGGACUCAAGCGCAUGAACAUGGCAGAUUGUGUCACGAAGGUCUUGGAUUGGGACGAGAUGCUCCCUGCUGUUGCCCAGGGCGCUAUUGGCAUCCAGGUUCGAUCUGACGAUGAUAAGACCUUGAAGUAUAUCAGUGCUCUCAAUCACAAAGAUACGAAGACUUGUGUUGAUUGCGAGCGUUCAUUUCUGGCAACUCUUGAUGGAUCUUGCAAGACCCCCAUUGCUGGUCAAGCAAGAAUCAUUGAUGGAAAGAUUCACUUUAGGGGUCUUGUUGCCUCACCUGACGGAAGCAAGAUCUUCCGUGCAGAGAGGGUGGGUGACGUGUCAGACUACAUGAAGAUUGGCAAGGACGCAGGAGAGGAGAUUAGGAAGGAGGCUGGAGAACAAUUCUUUGCUGAUCUGCUCGAGUAUGUACAGGAUAUCCAAGCUGCCAACACCAAGCCAACCAAGGCUGCGGCGAACAAGUGAAAAUGAUUCGAACAAUUCAAUUCUAUCAUGUCCAACAUCUGUAAGCUUAUUCGAUCAGUUCGAAACGUCUUGCGAAGCAUUUGUGUUCAGCAGCUGAGGGGACUUCGAGCCUAUCAAGCGCUUUUAGGAGUCAUCAUGGAUUCUUCACGAAUGUGAACAGACUCACAUGUCUCUGGUGCGGUUUGAGAACGUGCAGCAGUUCAUGUCCCAUGGCCUGUGGCAUUGUCAAAGAAAUAACUUGAGGAGAGAGAGUAAAAUUCAUAGAAUCACC